GUCGCCCGGGGCGAGAGUCGAUGUUCCUCCGCUCAUGCACCGCGCAGCUCUCGCCCAGUCGCGCAGGGCAUCCACGUCUGCUCGUCGCGGCCACUCCUUCCCGUUCCCAACGCAUGCCCAGCCCACGCCGCACCAGAUCUUCCACCUGUCCGUAGGCGCGAGCCAGCAGGAUAUCAAGUCGAGAUACUACGACCUCGUCCGCGUACACCACCCCGACUCUUCAUUCUCCCGCGACCUCUCGCCGGAAGAGCGCCAUGCCCGCUUCCAGAGCAUAACUCGAGCGUACGAUAUCUUGAGGGGCGUGUCCAAGGAAAGCGACGAUGAGCCUAUCCUACGAGAGAUUCGUCGGAGGAAGCAGUGGCAAGAGGCCAGGCGAAACGAGCAGAUGAGGCGGCGUGCAGCGGAGCUGGGACCUGAGUACGCUGACCCAGAGGUCGAGCAUGCACCGCCGGAGCUCAGGUGGCGGGAUGUGGUUAUCAUCUCCUGCGCGGGCCUCGCUGUGGCCUUUGCGGUGGCCCCUAGCUUCUUCGGGCCCAGCAUCGCGGACCAACGGCAUCACGGCGCGGCCGCCAGCCUUGCUCGAGCAAGGCGCGAAGCACAGGAGGUCGGUGACGAACGACGCAAACAGAUACGCCGACGUGUUCGGGAGUAUCGCGAGCAAGAAGAACGCGAGCGAGGCGAGGACGACGACUCACAUAGUUGCAACUGGCAGCGGAAGCGCGGCGCGUAGCACCCAACA